UCUACGUUUUUGAACGUCUUAUGCAGCAGUUUUUCAAUAAAAUCUAUUGUCAACUAUUUGCGUGGUGCCUAUGAACUUUUAGAGAAAAGAAUAUCAAAUAUUAAAAACAUGCGCACCAGGGGAGUAGAAAAUCGAUCGUACAAAACAUGCGCAAUGUCGAAUACUUCGACCUUACCGAAUGCUUUGAAACGCCUGGAUGUUUAUAUCACUCACCAACUAUGCUGUAAAUCACUCCGUCUCAUAUAAAUAACAAAAAUGUUCGAUAACCCAAAGGAAUGUAAAUUAUUAAACAAAAUGAUAAGACGUGUGAACAAUUUUCUGUUCUUUUUCAAUUUACGUCAAGGCACAAUUCUUAUUGCCGUCCAUCAAAUUGCGCUAUCAUCAUUUAUUUUGAUAAUACUGUUAGUUGGCAUUUCUCAUGUUGGCGAAAUGCUUACUUUGCUUCAUAAUGACAUGGAAGACGAUGCUGAGAGGCGAGGGUUCUACGAAGUAGCUUAUGGUAACCAGUUGAGAUUUCACGAGGGCGAUGUUAUUAGCACUAAUAAUCAACGGAGAUUUGCUAAUGCCCAAUAUCUAGCAUCUGUAACAGUGAUAGUUCUCUACACCAGCACGAUUCUGACUUCGAUAUAUUUGAUGUGUUCCAUUUCGCUGCUCCACGGAGCCGUCAAGUACAAGAAGGAGUACAUAUUCCCAUGGAUUGUAGCAGCAAUGAUUGAUCUGUUACUGUUGAUAUCAGCCAUCAUUAUCGGAGACGGGUACCCGUGUGUCAUCAAUCUUUUCAAUGGUCACAACAUGUACCACUUCACGUGUGCGCUGUUCGUGGCAUCAUUUGUGUACGCGAUCUGCGCUGUGAUUAGUUUCUCCAUGGAGGUGUCGGCAAUGCAAUGCGCGCGGCACUUCGCUGACGAGCGCGGAGAGCGGCUCCUACUGCUCGACCACGCUGCACACUCCAGUCUGCUCUCCGCCGCACAACUCAACAAACUCUCACACGGCACACGCACGCACUUCGUAUAAAACCACACCACGGAUAUAUCAACCCAUUCGACGAAGGGUUACCUCUCUUGAGGCAUGUAACUCUUUUCAUAGAAUGGGCUGAUGUAACGUCCCUAACACGUCCAGUGCCAUCAGCUCGCCUGGCGAGUUCUACAUCGCAAUGACACUGAAUGUGUUAAAAUAUAUAAAAUAUUUUAAAGCUAUAAGCACAUUGGUGCAUCAAUGUCGUAAGAAAAUAUUUUCAUAUACAGCAGUGCCUUCAGUCGAUGCAGCAAUUGAAUAUGAAUUUUGAAAAUAUUACAGCUUUGUCAUUGAUAGACCAGAUGUGUUUUAUAAUGUGCCGCG